AUUUAAGUAAAUAGACUUAAAUUCAGUUAUCGCUGGGGCCACUGACGGAUUGUGUUUCAUGUUUUAGAUUUACCUAACAUGAGUGACGUUGUAUUCUGUGACGUAAUUUAGUCCUUUACAGAAUUUCAUCGCAGCAAGCAAGCUGUUUAAAUUUCGUAAGCGGUAAAAAUUUGUACAUUGGAUCAUCAUCAGACGUCAUUUAUGCAAACCCCCAGAGCUCUGCAUUAGUAUGUUCCAGUUCACAGUUGAUAAUUUACCAGGUAAAACAGGAUAUGCCAUAUUAGCUGCCAAGAUUAGAAAUAUGGAGAACAGAAGAAACGAGCGAGUUACAUGGACAAGAUCAUUGGAUUUUAUUAUUUCUUGUGUAGGAUUUGCUGUUGGCAUGGGGAAUAUUUGGCGCUUUCCAUAUUUGUGUUACAGAAACGGCGGAGGAGCCUUUUUCAUUCCAUAUAUUAUAAUGUUGAUUUGUGGCGGAAUUCCAGUAUUUAUGUUGGAGGUGGGUCUAGGACAGUACAUGAGUCAAGGUGGCUUGCAUGCUUGGAAUAUUGCACCUUUAUUCAAAGGUAUAGGUAUCGCCAUGACAGUAAUACUGUUUUUGAUGAACAUUUAUUACAUCUUUAUUAUGGCAUGGGCCGUUUUUUAUUUCAUAAUGAGUUUGACAACAACAUUACCAUGGUCACACUGUAAAAACUCAUGGAAUACUGAGAGGUGUUAUUCUGGUGAGCAGUGGAAUUUUAGCUGUCCUGGAAAUAACUGUACAGUAAAUGUGACAACCGUUGAUUCAACUGUAGAAUUUUGGGAGAGACGUGUUCUACAGAUAACAGAUGGCAUCGACAAACCAGGCGGAUUGGUUUGGGAAACAGUCCUCUGUUUAUUAUUUGUUUGGAUUAUGGUGUAUUUUUGUGUUUGGAGAGGAAUAAAGUGGUCGGGCAAGGUUGUUUAUUUCACAGCUAUAUUUCCUUACUUGAUACUGACAAUAUUGUUAAUUAGGGCAGUAACAUUAGAUGGUGCUAUCUAUGGGAUUAAAUAUUAUCUAAACCCAGACUUCAGUCGACUUUCUGACCCGCAGGUUUGGAUUGAUGGCGGGACACAGAUCUUCUUCUCCUAUGCCAUUGCACUAGGUUGCAUGAUCACCCUUGGCAGCUACAACAAGUUCCAUACUAAUUUUUACAGACAGUGUAUGGUGAUUGCAUCAGUGAAUAGUGGUACCAGUCUUUUUGGUGGGUUUGUUGUUUUCUCUGUGUUGGGUUUUAUGGCUAAACAACAAAAUGUAGAUAUAUCAGUUGUAGUGAAUGCAGGUCCAGGACUUGCUUUUAUAGCUUAUCCAAAGGCUGUUACACAGAUACCUGUAUCGCCGUUAUGGGCAGCUCUUUUCUUCUUGAUGAUUUUUCUGAUUGGAAUUGAUAGUCAGUUUGUAGCUGUAGAAGGAUUUCUUACAAAUGUCAUGGAUUCCCUUCCAAAAAGUUUUAAUACUACAAAGUCGAGAAUGGUUAUAGUAGCAGUGUAUUGUUUUGUCAGUUUUCUGAUUGGUCUAUGUAUGACAUCAAGGGGUGGGAUGUACGUUUUCCAACUGUUUGAUUAUUAUUCUGCGAGUGGAAUGGUAUUGUUGUUUGUAUGCUUUAUGGAGUCAAUGGUUAUCGGAUGGAUUUUAGGUGCAGAUAAGUUUUAUGACAUCAUCGAAUUGAUGAUUGGAUACAGAAUCAACAAGUGGCUUUUUAUAUGUUGGAAGUUCAUAACGCCGGCAAUAACUUUGGGUAUCCUGUUGUUUCAAAUCAUCACAUUCAAACCAAUUAAGUACAACAAAACAUAUCUAUAUCCAGACUGGGCUCAAGCAUUUGGGAUUAUGCUUGCAGUGGUAUCUAUAAUAUGCAUACCAGCGUAUAGUAUCUUUAAACUAUUGAAAGCAGAAGGUUCUUUAACUGAGCGAUUCUUUUCCACGAAAACACCAAUACUUAAAUCAUGUCGAAUACCACAGAAAUGGAAAGCUGGCAAAAGCCAAUUCUGGGCUUGUGAAGAUACUUUGGACGAAAAUUCAAUUUCAUUAUCUGACAAAUUUAUCGAUGCUUAAUCAAAAACCUGCACCAUGAAUUAAUAUGUUAAAUAGAAAGUACUAAAAUU